UUUGGUCAUAAUGGGCACAGAAAGAGGCGAGCAGGUCGUCAUCGAUACCCACUACACUACAGUCCACACACUGGGAACGCAGAAUGAGGGCAAACGGCUGCGCUACAUGCAGAAAGAUGGCAGGUUCCCUGUGGUUUUCGAGAAGGCCCCCGGACAGUGGAGCCCGUACCUGAUGGACAUCUUCACCACGCUUGUCGAGAUCCGCUGGAGGGUCAUGCUGCUCGUCUUUUCCCUCUCUUACAUUCUCUCUUGGCUGUUUUUUGGUCUCUGUUAUUGGCUCAUUGCAUACGUACACGGGGAUGUUGAUGAUUUAGAUAACUCACCGUGUGUGGAAAAUGUGCGAGGCUUCACUGCGGCCUUCCUGUUCUCAAUGGAGACCCAGGCGACUAUUGGCUACGGUUUCAGGGGGAUGACUGAGAACUGCAUGGUGGCCAUAAUUGUGGUGACGGUUCAAGAUGUAUUUAGCUGCCUCAUUGACACCAUUGUCAUCGGUAUCAUUGUUGCUAAAAUGGCAUCCGCUCGUAAGAGAGCUCAGACGGUUGGUUUCAGUAGCUGUGCGGUGGUCAACCUGCGAGAUGGAGUUCUGUGUCUGUCGUGGCGAGUUGGAGAUUUUAGGGGAAAUCACAUUCUAGAGGGAGUCGCCAGGGCCAUGUUAGUCCGCUAUGUGAAACAGCCACCUGGGACUGUUGUGCUGUCAUACGAGGACCUGCAAAUCCAGAAUCGAGACAUCGUCCUUGCCACACCAGCCACCAUCAUCCACAAGCUGGAGCCUGGCAGUCCGCUGUACAGUCUGGGCCCCGACGACCUGCUGGGGGACGACUUUGAGCUGGUGGUUUCUUUCACCUACACCGGUGACUCGACGGGAAUGCUCCACCAGACGAGAACCUGCUACACACCAGCAGACAUCAGAUGGGGCCAGCGCUUCCAGGACAUGUUGAAAUUGGGCAAGAGGCACUACAAGGUGGACUACGCUCUGUUCAAUGAGACCACGUGGAUGCUGGUGCCCCAGCUCAGUGCCGAGGAGUUUGACAGGAGGGGACGUCCUGCAGAGGGGGGUCAGAGCCAUGGUCCUCUCUUUGCAUCCAUCACAAGAAAUGGACAUGCUUGCAAGGUGAAUCCCAACAUCACUGAAGAGGUGAUGCAGCAAACCUGUUUGUAG